CAUUGAACAGAAGUAUCCAAAAGGUUCUGUUUUGCAAUAUGAUUGUGCCAAACCAUUCCCAGAUGUCAACUCAAGUUCUUCAGCUUCUUCAGCAACAGGACCAAGUGAUAAUAGAUAAUGGCGUAUUCCAACUAAGAUUGACAAAUCCAGGAGGAAAAAUAAUUGGUAUUCAAUAUAAUGGGAUUGACAAUUUGCUGGAGCUCAACAACCCAAUCUUGAAUGGAGGAUUCUGGGACAUAAACUGGAGUGAACCUGGAACUGCUGGAACAAGAGGAAAAUUUGAUGAGAUUGAAGGUAAUAGUUUUAAAGUAAUAGUUGAAACUGAAGAACAGAUAGAGCUCUCAUUUAUUAGGACAUGGGAUCCUUCACUUCAGGGCGAGCAUUCCCCGUUAACCAUAGACAAAAGGUUCAUAGUACUUCGGGAUUCGCCUGGUUUUUACUCUUAUGCUAUUUAUGAACACAAAGAGGAUAUGCCAGCAUUCAACCUCAAUGAAACCAGGAUAGCUUUCAUGCUCAGUAUAGAAAAGUUUCGAUACAUGGUUAUGGCAGAUGAUAGGCAAAGACUAAUGCCUCACCCUAAAGAUCGCGUACCUCCAAGAGGAAAGGAAUUGGCGUAUCCAGAAGCUGUCCUACUUGUCGAUCCUGUGGAGCCAGAAUUUAAAGGAGAAGUUGAUGACAAGUAUCAAUAUUCGUGUGAGAACAAAGAUAACAAAGUCCAUGGUUUCAUUUGUUUAGACCCUCCAGUCGGAUUUUGGCAAAUAACUCCGAGCAAUGAGUUCAGAACGGGUGGACCUAUCAAACAGGAUCUUACUUCCCAUGUUAAUCCGACCACCUUGGCUAUGUUCGUGAGCACUCAUUAUGGAGGGCAGGAUUUCGUGAUUAAAUUUGGAUCAGGUGAACCGUGGAAGAAAGUUUUUGGUCCUGUUUUUAUAUAUCUCAAUUCUGUAGCGCACAAACACGAUACACUUUCCCUUUGGAAUGAUGCUAAAGAACGGAUGCACAAUGAAGUCGGCUGUUGGCCUUACAGUUUCCCAAGUUCAGAAGAUUUUCCAAAAGCUGACCAAAGGGGCGCCAUCCGUGGUAGAUUAGUAGUCUGUGACAGGUACAUAAGCAAGGAGUAUUUAUCUGCAAAGGGUGCUUUUGUGGGGCUAGCUCCACCUGGAGAUGCUGGAUCAUUUCAAAGAGAAUGCAAGGGCUACCAAUUCUGGACAAACUCAAAUGAUGAAGGCCAUUUUUCAAUAAAAAAUGUUCGUCCCGGGGAGUAUAACCUCUAUGCUUGGGUACCUGGAUUUAUUGGAGAUUAUAGAUAUGAAAAAUCCAUAGCAGUUUCUGCAGCUUCUGAGGUUGAUGUUGGUGAACUUGUGUAUGAGCCUCCAAGAAGCGGUCCUACAUUGUGGGAAAUCGGUAUUCCUGAUCGCUCUGCUGCAGAAUUCUACAUUCCUGACCCUAAUCCACAGUAUAUUAACAAACUUUACGUAAAUCAACCAGCACACAGGUUUAGGCAGUAUGGAUUAUGGGAGAGAUAUGCAGAUUUAUAUCCAGAUCAAGAUUUGGUAUAUACAGUUGGAAGUAGUGACUAUAGAAAAGAUUGGUUCUAUGCUCAAGUGACCAGAAAAGUGGGCGAUAAGGCAUUUGAACCUACAACCUGGCAAAUUAAAUUCAGUUUAGACAGCGUUGAUCAGACUGGAAAUUACACACUGCGAAUUGCACUCUCAUCUUCAACUCAAUCGAUAUUGGAGGUAAGGGUGAAUGAUUCAGAAGCAAAUCCACCCCAUUUCUCAAGUGGAUUGAUUGGAAGUGACAAUGCAGUUGCCAGACAUGGAAUCCACGGGCUAUAUUGGUUGUUCAAUGUAGAGGUCGCAGCAGGACAACUCCUUCAAGGAGAGAAUAUCAUAUAUCUCAAGCAAGCAUGGAGUGUCAGUGCUUUGCAUGGGAUUAUGUAUGACUAUAUUCGUUUGGAAGCUCCUCCUCUUUCCGCCACGCACUAUCUAGAGCACGUUCUGUGGUUUAACUAAACUCAUUUCUUUUGUUUUAAACUAUAUAUGCUUGCAUAUGUAAAAGAAAAUAAAAUGUAUAUAUAUAAAAGAUUCACGUUCAUUGAAUCCUCCAACUAUAUAUGCUGGAGAUGCUGCCUUUGGCUUUCUAUAUUCCCUUUUUCUACUUGUAUGUUCAGAGGAACUCAACCUUAUUAAGUUGGUAAUUUCUUGGU